AUGUCGCGAACCAUAAAGAAUAGCCCACUUGAAAUCAGACCUCGACUGUACGUCAGUCAGCCUGACGUGCCGACCAACUGCUCGGUGCUGAACCAGACGUCGCAGUCGGUGGUGGUGCGCUGCACGCCCGGCUUCGACGGCGGCCAGCCGCAGAGCUUCCUGCUGGAAGUGCUGGAGGCGGCCAACGGCCACCAGCUGUUCAACAUGACGCAGCUGCGGCCGCACUUCGUCGUCGACGGGCUGGCCGCCGGGCAGCUGCUGCAGCUGCGCAUCUCCGCCGUCAACGCCAAGGGCCGCAGCGACUCCGUCACCCUGGACGCGGCCACGCUGAUGCCGCCAGAGAUGCGAGCCAGUGGAGUGCCGCUGUCGCUGGACCUGCCCACGGCGGUGGGGGCGCUUCUGGGCCUGGUGUCGGCGCUGCUGCUGCUCGCCGUGGCCGCCGUGGCGUGGCUGCUGCACCCCGCCGCCGCCGCCGCGGAGCUGUCCGACAAGGACGACCGCAACCCCGACGUCGUGCCCUCCUACUGCGACGACUGGUCGGAGACGGACGCGGCGUCGUCUUCGCGCGGGACGCCCGUGGUGCCUGCGCCGGAGCUGCCCCGCGACGGCGAGCGCCCCCCGCACCCCGCGCCAGCCUGGGAGGUCUUCAAGGUCUGCCCCGCCGCCUGCGACGCCUACGUGCCGCAUCCGGCGACGCUGCGGAGGCCGCCGGCGACGCGCCUGCAGCAGGCUGGUGUCCGGCCGGAAGUGACGUACGCCGAGCUGCGCCUUCCGCCGCUUCAGGCGGGCCCGCCGAUGCGCCGCUACUACCGCCACGAGCCCGUCGUGUACGCACAGAUCGCGCACGCGCCUCCACCGGCUGCGACUUCCGUGGCGACCGUGACGUCAGAGGCGGGAGGCGCAUGCGCGAUGAGGGCGGCGUCGCCGCAGCAGCUGGAGGUGCUGCAGCAGCAGCAGCCACAAGAGUCGCGCGAGGUGGUGACCGUCAGGACGCCCCUGAUGGUCGGCCAGCAAGAGAGCUGCGUCUAGUUGCGCAUGCGCACAGUACCUGCAGCCACCCCACCACUUCUGGACAAUAGGGAUGGCGCCCGAACGAACAUGCAACAAACCCACAAUGAGCUUCUACGUGAGAGUCCGCAAGGAACUCUGACCCGCAAUCAACUCUUCAUUAUCGACGCAAUAGAUUUUAAAUAGUCAUCACACCCAGAGGCAUAGAAUUGCUGCCUAGGAAGAACAAAGUAUGUACUGCAAUAGGCUAACAUUUUCACGACCCCCCAUGCAUUGGCAAAGCAUCUCAACGGAUGGCAACUCAAUGGAGGCACUCGUUCGAAAGUAUCACUAUUCCAUAAAGUGUACAUAGCUACAGCAUGCGAAGAAGUCGUUUUCAUCGAGUGUCAGACAAUAUGCGUUUCUGUGUACAAUUCGUCUUUGUGUAACUCUGACGUGUUCUUACAAUUGUUACGCUGGUCCGUUAUGUAAAGCCUAUUACCUAAUCAGCGAUUUCACAUGCAGUAAAAUAUUCCUAGUUAUACAAUAUGGAAUGUACAAUGAAACAUAUCUUCAUCACUUUCGUAAACAUCCACCUAACCUUAUUCAGGUUGGGUAUCUGCAACAGUGACGGAAGCGCCGAAUUUCUUCAUUUGACGUUGUGGAAGCUCAAAUUCAUUUAAAUGAAUUUCACUUAAACAAUCGCUUAAUUCUACAGUCAUGUCAUUAUUUAAGUCUUAUCUGUCUUGCCUCUUCUUCUACGCUUCAAGGAGUAGGCUUGUCUCCUGUUCCAUCCUCACAAAAGCCACAUAUUCCUUAGCCUUCCGGUAUCUCUCUUUUCUUUAGGUCUAUAGUUCGUUACAAGUCUGACAAUUCUUUCUACACUCAUUCUGUCAAUAUGCGUCUUCCAUUGUGUUAUUCCAUACAUUUUCUAUCAUUCGAGCGAAAUAUAUUUAAUUCUCUCCUUCAUAAGAAUUCUUUAUUUGAUCUCUCACUCUACAGUAUUCUACUUUCCGCAUUAAUUUAAUAUCAGUUAUUACAGUCUAAAAUAAAAUGCCUACAUGCAUCACAACCUCUUUUCUAAUAGAAAGUGGAUUGCAGAUAAAGCAGUUACCAGUUCCACACAUUUAAAUUUGCGUUGUUUUACGCGGUCUUCUUACUUCGCUAUAGGAGAUUAUACCUUUUUCAAGUGUGUAGGUUUCUCUUCCAAAAUUUUCUUUAUAUAUUAGUGAAUAUAUUAGACUUCCUUGCAAAAGGAAUCAUAAUUUUUUACACUAUAAUUUAACUUCAUAAUUCAGGAACCACGAUCGAAUUUGAAACCGAAUA